UGGAUUGAAAUUUUCGUGUUUAUAGCAUUAUAUAUGAACAGCAACAAGUUGUUUACAUCUACCUUAUUGUCAUCACUUAAAAAAAAUUGAAUUCCUACUCCCUGAGAAAGAAUGACCGGUAAAGAUGGUGUUGGUAAAAGCGUCGACACUUGCUGUCUUCCGCUUAUGGAGACUCCGGUCAUCGAUUUUUCUCUUCUUGCAUCACCAUCUCCUUGCAGACAAGAACUUGACAAACUCUAUUCCAGUCUCAGUUCAUGUGGCUUUUUUUUGUCAAUAAAUCAUGGAAUGACAAGUCCAUUCUUGGACGAAGUGCAAUCACUCGGUAAGCAAUUCUUCGCACUUCCGGUGGAAGAGAAGUGGAAAUGUGGUACGAUUGGCGGCGGAGAAGGUUACAGGGAAGAUGACACUGUUGUUGCUGAGGGUCAAGCAAAAAUUUACCGGAAUUACCGGUUAACUCUUACAUUAAGUCCAGAAGACCAACAACAGCUCCAAAUCUGGCCUCAAAUCCCUCUAAAUUUUAGGGAGACUUUAUUUGAAUACACAAAAAAGUUGGAAAUGAUAACUGAGGUAGUCUUUAAGGCAAUGGCAAUGUCACUUAACUUGGAUGAGCACUGUUUUUUGGAUAAAUAUGGAGACAAAGCAACACUACGCGCGAGAUACAACUAUUAUCCUCCAUCUUCGAGCAAUGAUUUGGCUAUCGGUCUUGCACCGCAUACAGAUCCAUCUGCAAUCACUAUUCUUCUUCAGGACAAACAUGUAGAAGGCCUGCAUUUUCUGAAAGAUGAUCAAUGGUUUAGAGUUCCUAUUAUUCCUCAAGCUCUUCUCAUUAACCUUGGUGAUCAACUACAGAUAAUGAGCAAUGGAUUGUUCAAGGCACCAAUACACAGGGUUGUGAAACAUCGGGAUAUGGAGAGGAUUUCUCUAGCUGUGUCAUGUUUACCAGAUUCGGAAAAUGAGAUCGAACCUGUAGAUGGGUUAGUUAUGGAGACAAGGCCGAGACAAUACAAAAAGGUGAAAAAUUAUUUUGCUACUUUCAUGCAGUUCGACCGGGAGAAGAAUCUGAUGGAAGCACUGAAAAUUAAUACAUAGAAUUUGUAUUAAUUGGUUAAACUCUUAAGUGAUCCUCCAAUAAUGUAUUUUAAAAAACUUUACAUUGUUUUGUAUUUAUAAGUAACUUUAUAUAUUUUUAGAUUGUUAUUUGUUUAA